AUGCCCCGAAAAAGGGACGUAGCUGCAAUGGAGGAAGUUGGGAUAGAAAUAGACGCAGAGCUGAGUGAUGAUGAAGACGCUGUGACACAGAGAAGAGGGAACAGGAGGCAGGGAGGGGGCAGAGGAGGUGCGAAAGGGCGGGGCAAGAAGCCGGCCAGUGAGGACGAGGAAGAGGAAGAAGAUGAGGAGGAUGAAGCUCCAAGGAGACGCAGGGGAGCAAACGGCAAGAAGCCAGCGAGGAAGCGGGGUGGUGCUGGUGAUGACGAUGAUGAAAGUGAAGGUGAUGCACCCAAGAAGAAGAAAGGAGGUGCUGCUAAUAGGAAGAGAGGAGGAAAGGCCCCAGAUAGUGAUGAAGAGAGCGAGGAGGAGAGAGGAAAGAAAGGACGAAAAGGUGGAGGAAAGAAAGGAGGCAAAGAAGAGCAGGAAGCAAAAGGGAAAAAGGGUGACGCCAAAGGAAAGGACAAGGGAAAAGACAAAGAAAAUGAAAAGGACAAGAAAAAGAAAAAGAAGAAAGGUGACAGCUCGUCUGAUUCCGACUCCAGCUCCGAUGAAGAGGAGUCGCUGUCUGAAGGAGAGAUGGCCCAGCUGAUGGAGGAGGUGGAGGAGAAGAAGAAACUGAUAGCAACCAUCAGGAACAAGCCCUGGAGGAUGAAGAGGAGGCUUGUCCACCUCAAGGAAGCGCAAGAGUUUGUGGACAAGUUUGAAGGGGCUCUUGGCAAAGGCAAAGGAAGGAAGUGGUACGCUUACAAAGUGAUGAUGACAAAGAAAUGGAUCAAGUUUCAAAGAGAUUUUGAGAAUUUCAGAACUGCUUGUAUCCCCUGGGAGAGGAAGAUCAAAGAGGUGGAAAGUCACUUUGGGUCCUCAGUAGCAUCUUAUUUCAUCUUCCUCCGGUGGAUGUACGGGAUGAAUCUUGUUCUGUUCGGUUUUACAUUUGGACUCGUGGUGAUUCCAGAGGUUCUGAUGGGUCUUCCGUAUGGAUCCAUACCCAGGAAGACUGUACCUAGAGCGGAACAGGACACAGCUCAGGACUACUCUGUGCUCAUGGACUUCAACGGCUACUGCAAAUACUCUGUCCUUUUCUACGGCUAUUACAACAACCAGAGGACGAUUGGCCUGUUGAAGUUUCGACUGCCUCUGUCCUACCUUAUGGUCGGGAUCGGGACGUUCGGCUACAGCCUGAUGGUGGUUAUCCGCACAAUGGCCAAGAAUGCUGAUGUGGGCGGUGGUGACGGGGAGGAAGGAGAGUUCACUUUUGCUUGGAAGAUGUUCACCAGCUGGGACUACCUGAUCGGUAACGCGGAGACGGCUGACAACAAGUACGCCUCCAUUACCACCAGCUUCAAGGAGUCUAUUGUGGAUGAGCAAGAGAACCAGAAGGACGAGAACAUCCAUCUCAGGAGAUUCCUCAGAGUCCUGGCCAACUUCUUGAUCACCUGCAGCCUCGGAGGCAGCGGCUACCUGAUCUACUUUGUGGUGAAGAGAUCUCAAGAGUUUGCCUCGCGAGAUGAUCUCAGCUGGUACGAGAAGAACGAGUUGGAGAUCAUCAUGUCUCUCUUGGGUCUGGUUUGUCCCCCACUAUUCGAGACCAUCGCUGAGCUGGAGGACUAUCAUCCUCGAAUCGCCCUCAAGUGGCAGCUGGGCCGCAUCUUCGCCCUCUUCUUGGGAAACCUUUACACAUUUCUGUUUGCCCUGUUUGAUGAAGUCAACUCUAAGCUGUUAGAAGAGCAGGCCAUUAAGAACACAUCCUUGUGGACAAUGAAGGAGUACUAUGCCAACUACUCACGCCUGGUCAAUGACACCGAGGCCACUCCGCCACCUAUGGACCCCUCAGAUGUCAUCAGGGGCCCCUGUUGGGAGACGGCCGUCGGCAUUGAGUUUGUCAAGCUGACAGUGUCGGACAUCCAGGUCACGUACCUGACCAUCCUGAUCGGCGAUUUUGCCCGAGCUGUGAUCGUCCGCUUCCUCAACUACUGCUGGUGCUGGGACCUGGAGGCAGGAUUUCCGUCAUAUGGAGAGUUCGACAUCAGCGGGAAUGUGCUGGGACUGGUCUUCAACCAAGGCAUGAUCUGGAUGGGGGCGUUUUACGCACCUGGUCUGGUGGGAAUCAACGUCCUCCGCCUGCUCAGCUCCAUGUACUAUCAGUGCUGGGCUGUCAUGGCUACUAACGUCCCACACGAGAGGGUCUUCAAGGCUUCCAAAUCCAACAACUUCUACAUGGGCCUGCUGCUGCUCAUCCUCUUCCUCAGCCUCCUGCCUGUGGUCUACACCAUCAUGACGCUGCCCCCCUCCUUCGACUGCGGCCCAUUCAGUGGGAAGGCAAAGAUGUUUGACGUGAUCAUGGAGACCAUUGAUCUGGACCUACCAGCCUUCAUGGGGACGUUGUUCAGCUAUGCAGCCAAUCCUGGACUCAUUAUUCCAGCUGUUCUGCUCAUGGUACUUGCCAUUUAUUAUCUGAACUCGGUGUCUGAGGCGUACAAAAACUCCAACAUGGAACUGAAGAAGAAGAUGCAGAUGGCUCGGGAUGAGGAGAAGAACCGGCGGAACAACACGGACAGCACCAACCAGGUGAUGAAGGACCUGGAAGACCUGCUUCCAAACCCCUCCCUCGCACCACCGGCUCCUCCGCCUGAGCCAGAAAACAAACCAGAACCAGAAGCUAAACCAACCAAGACCAAGCCAGGUUCGGCUGGAAAAGGCGUCAACCUGCAGAAAGACGUGACCCUGGCUUCAUCCAAUCCCAACACUCAAGGGCCUGCAAGUCGAGGACCAGGGCCAAGGGGAGCCAGGCCCGGCCGUGGAAGAGGGCCGCCCCCAAGUUAACGCAAGACCGACAUUCUUACAAGAAGCUGUCACGCCUGUAGACACAAACAAACAUGAAAACAAGCCUUCAUACCUGACACAGGCCAUAAUCUGCCCCUUCAGAACCUGAUACUUAAUGCAAACCUCUGUUUUGCUCUGACUAUUGAGAUGUGAUGCUCUAGUUUUGGAACAAAUGCUGCAUCACUGGUGUGGGCCUAUUGAUGCAAACAACAUUCAAAGUUAAAAGGGAAAAGAAACAUGACUCUGGACUGAAACUAUCUGACACUAAAGUUUACACAGAGGAUUUCACAGCAGAUGUAUAGAACACACAUACUGGUGCAUGCGGUGAAAUAAACAAGCUUCAAGAGUUUAUUUGAGAUGCUUAUCAUUCAUCCUCUAUUUGUACACUCUGUCAGAAGGUCUUUCUGUUGUUAUCUGCCUUCUGUAGCUACAGUUGAGUGUUCGCCAGCUGGCACAACAUCAGAUGCUCUCAGCGUAAAUGUGUUGGAAGUGCGACAUGUUUG